GUUGCAAUUUUAGACCGUCAGCUGACUCCAGAAAUCCGUGGAGAGGGGCCGCUCUGCCUACAAAAACAGGGACGGAAAGCGGGAGCUGCGUCGCGGCCUGUCGGCUUCGGGACCUCCAGCCUCUGACCCCUCGCCGCCGCCGCCACCAGUGCCAUCGCCGCCAUGGGGCCCCGCGGCCUCCUCCUGCUGCUCGCCCUGGCCGGGUCCUGCGCCGCCCUCGUCAGGAUCCCCCUGACCAAGUUCCCCUCCAUGCGGCGGAUCCUGAGUGAGGCGGGCAGUGAGAUCCCAGAUAUGAACUCCAUCACCCAGGCGAUCAAGUUCAAGCUGGGCUUUGCCGAGGAGGGUGAGCCCACUCCGGAGAUUUUGAAGAACUACAUGGAUGCCCAGUAUUAUGGUCCUAUCGGCAUUGGGACACCCCCCCAGAAUUUCACUGUGAUCUUUGACACUGGCUCCUCCAACCUCUGGGUGCCAUCCGUGCACUGUUCCAUGUUGGACAUCGCCUGCAUGCUGCACCACAAGUAUGACUCCUCUAAAUCCAGCAGCUAUGUGAAGAACGGCACCAAGUUUGCCAUCCGCUAUGGGACGGGGAGCCUUUCUGGGUUCCUGAGCCAAGACACAGUCACGCUUGGUGAUUUGAAAAUCCCGGAUCAGACCUUUGGGGAGGCCACGAAGCAGCCAGGCAUCACAUUCAUUGCUGCCAAGUUUGAUGGCAUCCUGGGCCUGGCAUAUCCAAGGAUCUCUGUGGAGCAAGUUGAGCCUUUCUUUGAUAACAUCAUGAAACAGCGGCUGGUCAGCAAAAAUGUAUUCUCUUUCUACCUAAACAGAGACCCCUCUGGUGUCCCUGGUGGUGAGCUGCUCCUGGGAGGGACCGACCCCAAGUACUACAAGGGCAAACUGACCUGGUAUAAUGUCACACGCAAAGCCUACUGGCAGAUCCACAUGGACGCGGUGGAUGUUGCCAACGGGGCGAGCGUGUGUCAGGGGGGCUGCGAGGCCAUCGUGGACACGGGAACCUCACUCAUCACAGGCCCCACCAAAGAGGUGAAGAAGAUACAGGAAGCCAUUGGUGCAAAACCACUCAUAAAAGGCGAGUACAUGAUCCCCUGUGAAAAAGUGCCAACACUGCCUAACGUCACAAUGACACUAGGAGGGAAGGCCUUCCAGCUCACAGGAGAGCAGUAUGUCCUCAAGGUUGUUUCAGGAUCAGAGACAGUAUGCCUAAGUGGCUUUUCAGGCCUGGACAUCCCACCCCCCGGGGGCCCUCUCUGGAUCCUGGGAGAUGUCUUUAUUGGACCCUACUACAGCGUCUUUGACCGUGAUAACAACCGUGUUGGCUUUGCCCCAAGUGUCUAAACACCUGACCCCCACUGCCUCUGCCACACACGCACUUACACACACGGGAGCCAUAGACAAAGGUUACCAGUAUUAGAAACCCAGUGAGUGGAAAGGAGAAAAAAAAAAAAAAAAAAGGAAAAAGAAAUGGAACUAGAUUUAAAAUUACAUGGAAAAUAGUCAUUAGUGCCCUGCUAGCUACUUUUUCCACUCUGUUGAGUGGUGCUGGGAGGUCUCUAGCUGACAACUCCAGCUGGAGUAGUCCCUUGCUUUACUGCUAGUUCUUCCAGUAGUUCUUUUUCAGAAUGAUUCUCAGAGCUGAGCAAGGUCCUCUCACAUCUCCCAGCACUGAUGUCCUUCCUUGGGGGGGGGGGGGGGGGGGGGGCAGCUCAAGCCAGCCCCUGGCACCUCUGUUCCUGCAGAGAGGUUGUGCUACUGCUCUUGGGUUUGGAUUUCUGUGUUGGGGGAGAGGGACAAGGGAAGACUGUCUUGCACAUUAGUUCUUACUGCUUUUUCACUCAUGAAGUGGGGGAGUGGAUGGCAGGGAAGAAUCUGUCUUUUUGACCCCUACUUGGCAGGUAAGGCAGUGACCAGUAGGUCACUUCUCAAGGAGUUUGUCAUGGUUUGGUCCUAGGAGAGCAUGUCCUGGGCUGGAGCAAUGGGGAAGCACAGUAGUGUGCCCAGGGGAUGAGUUUCAGAGCCUGAGGGCUCUGGUGGUUUGUUUUGUUUAGUGAUGGCACUAGUGAGAGAGCUGGGAGGCAUGACAUCCACAUGCCUGACAUAACGGGACAAGGGUUUGUAGGGGGGCUCUAGCCAGUGGGACUUUUCAGUCAGUAUGAAUAUUAAGGGGGUCAAGAGAGGUUAUAAUAGAGGUUACUUGAAUUCAGGGCCAUGAAGGUCCAGCCUGCUGCUGAGCAAAGUCAUGUGGCACAAGUUCUCUCGAGUUUAGUGACCUUCUCCCAGGUUCCCCAAACAGCAAAUCUUCCCAGCUUCAUCCACAGCCAGUCAGUUGAGAAUAAUGUUUCCUAAAGCAACUAAGUGAUCUACAAGCUGAAAUCAUACUGAUAAAAUCCAUGUUUGUCAGCCUCGUAAGACCUUUUGGAAACAUGAUUCACAGCAUUUUGAGCUGCCCAAAACUCAAGAGACAGUUGGCAGAGCCAGCAAACCUCCUGGGCAGGAGGAUGGCAUGGCAGCUGCUGGAUUUGCAUUCACUUUCCCUGCUGCCCUGUCCCAAAAUCCAGCUGCCUUUAACACCCUCUGUACCUGCUUUCCACUUUACUGACGCUGGUGAGCUCUGUUCGUGUCCAGCUGUGUUGCAGACACAGUGAGGCACAGUCCUGCUUCGGAGAGGUUGUAGCUGAUUUAGCUGUGCACACAGAUCCUCCCAGAGAGCCGGGAUCUGCGCAUGCGGAGCCUUGGUGUCUUGCUGGGCUGGCACUGGUAGGCAAACACUGGUGGAGCUGGGAGGAUGAUAAAAUGAGUUUUAAGCAGUGCUGGAAAGCCAAAGAGAGCCUGCCAAGAAUCCCAGCCCCUGUGCUGGGAGUAAGACUCUCUUCGCUUUCCCAGUGUGCUGGAUCAGGUCCUGAAGUUACGGGAGUGGCAGCAGAUAAGGAGCAAAGCUGAGAGUGGCGAAAGGAUAAGAUAAGCAGCAGCCAUGACCCCAGACCAGGCUAAACAGAUGGCAAAAUCCUGGCUACCCAAAAUUCACUGAUAAUCCUGCCAGCAGUAGCAAUGGGGCCAAGAAAUUUUCUGAGAAAGGUCUUUGGGCAGUGAGUGAAUAAGACAGUUUUGCCCCAUGAAAUAAAUUUGGCAUUGUAACCAUGCUUCACCUUGGAGGGGUGUGGCAUGGACAGGGGGACAGGCAUAGGCACACAUGACACACAUGCAUCGUCCCCUACAGCCGCAGAUGUGACAAAUGCUGCUCCCAAAGCUUGCUUCUGCCUGCUCAUAAUCUUCACCUAGAACUCUGCAUCUGGACACCAAAGGACAUCUGUUGUAGACUGGCCAGAGAACAGUAGCAUAUUACCAAAAAAAAAGUAAUCUUCAUUAGCUACUCCAAAAUCAGCAAAUAUUCAGCACCUCUCCAGAGAUCUUCAGUUUCACACCAGUUAAGUGCUCAGAGCUCCUGCAAGUUCUGCUGCAUCGCUUCCCAGCCACAGGAUUUCUUCAGCAGGGCGUCACAGAGUCAGCCUCUUGGGUACCUGCUGAAACAGACCUGAUGUGAGGGGGAACCUUGACACGGACCUGGCAGUGGGUUUUGAAUAGCAUCAGAUUUAAGAGGGAUGUGCAGCACAGCCCCAGACAGAGCCCUUGGGCCAUGGCUAUGCUGGGCGUCCGCUGCCUCCCGCCGCGUGCGUGGUCCCUGCACAGUAACUCCAGGUGGGCUGAUGUGUGUCAGCAGGCAGGAGGCGGCUGCCUGGGGAAAGAGCACAGCCCAGAGUGAUGCCCUGAGCAACACACUUUACGAUAAGCUGGAGGACCAGUUCACUGCAGUCUUCCCUGAAUGGGUCUCCUCCCCUUGUUCUUUUAUUUGCAUUUUUAAACCCAUGUCUAAUCGUGUGACUGGUUCUUUAAAAUUAUUUUGCUGUCAGAAUUAAUUGUCUCUUCAUAUAAAAUUGAAAAGAAAAUACAGUAUUUUCCCCUUUAA